CCUCUCAAUUUACCUCUGAUUAACAGGCUCCAAACUGUAUUCAUAUUAUGCCAUAGCACAUCGAUACUAUUGUUUGUUUUCUUGUAUUUUUCAUUUUGGUGUAUUCCAUACGUUUGGCCUUUGAUGGCUUACUACACUCUGUUCUACUAUCUAUUGGAUCGAAGUCCCGUCAAUGGAGGGGUAUGGUAUAGACGAUCAGACCGUAUAAGAAGGUUCAGAUGCUGGCGAGUUUUGGUGAAUUAUUUUCCUAUAAAAUUCCAUAAAUUGGUAGACCUAGAGCCCACUUUCAAAGACACACCGGACACUGAAAAUAAAAGAAUUGAUGAAAGGAUUGGGCCCAGCUACAUUUUUGGGUAUCAUCCCCAUGGUGUGAUUGCUACGGGAGUUUCAAGUGGUUUUACAAACAAUGGGACCGGGUGGGAUGAAAUGUUUCCAGGAAUCAAAUGCUUUGUAACUACUUUAGUCAAUCAAUUUAGGGUACCAUUCUACAGAGAUUAUUUAAUGGCAUUGGGUGUUACAACUGUUGUCAAAAAGAAUUUGAAGCUAUUACUCAAUAAAGGAGGAAGUGUGGUGAUAGUUGUUGGCGGAGCAAGGGAGUCUCUUCUCGCAAAACCCGGCCUCAAUUCGAUUGUACUAAAUAGGAGGAAAGGUUUUGUCAAGCUUGCAUUGGAAAGUUUGGAUCAGAAUGGAUUGUGUCUUGUGCCUGUUUAUGGCUUCGGUGAGAAUGAUAUCUAUAAUGAUUCAGGUGUGACUUUUGAAGAAGCAACCAAGAAAUUCAAAAAAUUUGUACAUCAAUUUCAAUUGUUUCUGAAAAAUAACUUUGGAUGGACAUUGCCGAUUGUUAUAUCGCGUGGUAUCUUCAAUUAUGACUUCGGUAUACUACCUUACAGAAAAUCCAUAAAUGUUGUUUUUGGUAAACCAAUAAGGAUUUCAAGGUUGAAUGGUUUAACUUUUGGUGAUCCUGUGACACAAGAUGAAAUUGAUUACUGGCACAAUGAAUAUGUGAAAGGUUUACUGGAGGUUUGGAAAUGGGGAAAGCCGCAAUUCUCAGAAAUAACAGAUGAAGAUUUGAAAAUAGUA